GUCGAGUGUGGUCGUUCACAGCCCUGGCUGCGCUGUUUUCAUUCAGUUUACUAUCUAAUGUUACUAUUACUGUCACUACCACAGCAAACGAUUCAUUCGACAUUAGAAAUAAAGUGGCAUAUAGAAAAUUAACCUUAGCUUUGUUGGAAUUACUGGUAUGCAAUUCGUUUUAAAAACGUACUUAGUUGUCCGACGGGACCUUAUUUUGAGAUCCGCGAUUUCUGCCCGACCAAUGAUCACCAUAUGUUGGUUAAGUGAUUAGGGGUUAGUUUAGUUUGUUCUUCACUAUGAUCAAGCCGUGUUGGUUAAGUGAUUAAAGGGAGGGGACAUAUUAAGAAAAAAACACAUGUUCUGUGAUUUGGGUUAGGUGUUGUUUUGGGUCUCUUGUGCUGCCACACGCAUACAAACUAUGAAAUAAGGCCCUACUUGUUUUUCUUGACUGAGAAAUGCAUUUCUGAAAGUACCCCACUUGCAGUUUUCAGAUGAGCGAGUCAAUUUAGUCGACUCUCCUGACGUAGGAAUAAGGCACAUUUGAAUAUUACCACCCACCGCCCCAUCCGCGCUUAAAUAAUAUACGUCCUUUCGUGAUUGGAAGUUUGGAAUUCAUCAUGUCGAGGCGCCACGCGAGGUGUUCUGUUGUUGGCUGUAAAGAUGACCACAAAUCACUCCAUCGCGUCCCAGCCGCAGAGGACAGAAGAGCGGCGUGGAUUGAUUUCAUUUUUGAGGGCCAAGUCCCAGCCACAGUUGGCAAAAAUCUGUUGGUCUGUGCUCGCCACUUCAAGACUGACUGUUUCUCCAACCUCGGUCAAUACACGGCAGAAUUAGCUGGGAAACUUUUUCUUAACGAGGGGGCACUUCCAACUUUGCGUGGAGUACCUGCAGACGAGAGAAAUGCCAUUGCAUCAGUACAGUUACCUGCUACAAGGGAUAUAGGCUGCCAGACUGAGCCACCACAGCGACGCAGUGUUGGUACACAACUCUCUUUGAAGACUCUUCAUUCACAUUACAGAAGCGCAGCUGUCCAGGCUACUGUGUCCUGCAAGAACUUUGGCACAUCAACUGGUCCCUUCACACACUCACUGCCUUUACAAAGCUCGAGAUCUAUAAAGCCGCCAUUUAAGAGACCUCGUCUGGAGCAGGAGGAGUUUGAGGAGGAGGUGGAUUCUCUCGAGGGCUGCUCAAUACUGGCUUCUCAAGGGCUGGAAGCAACCUAUGACUCUGAAGACUCGGUUACCGCUUUGACAGAGUCAACAGUCAUGUUAGAUGCUGAAUCCACUUCCAAACAUGAGAUAAGGAAGUACAUAGUGUACGAGACCUGUCUCAUGGAGCUGUUCGAUGUGUGUGCUGUGUGCAAGUGUGUAUGUGCUGUUAAAACCAAAAGGCUUGGGACAUUCAUAUCAGUGGAACAGCUGUGUGAGUAUUGCGAGUAUUCCCGAAUUUGGAAAAGCCAGCCUCUUCUGGAUAACACACCAGCUGGGAAUUUACAGCUUUCUGCCGCAGUGUACAUCAGUGGAGCCUCAUUCUUCAAACUUCAAAGGGUGUUUAAGGCAAUGCAUCUGCAGAUUUUUCUCUCCGACACCUUUCGUCGGCAUGCUAGAAUGUUUAUAGAGCCAGCUAUUGUCCACAAAUGGAAAAAUUCCCAGGAAUUGAUGCUGCAGCAGCUCGGCGAAGAAAGUAAAGUAAUACUUGGUGGUGACAUGAGGGCUGAUUCUCCAGGGCACAGUGCAAAAUUUGGGAUCUACACCAUGAUGGCCCUCAACACCAAUACUGUUGUCGAUCUCCAGUUGGUUCAGAGCAAUGAGGUUGGAGGUAGCUCCCAUAUGGAGCUGGGAGGCCUGAAGAGGAGCCUGGAAUUGUUCAGUGCACGUGGGGUAACCCUUGAUUGCAUCGUCACCGACAGUCAUCCACAAAUUCAAAGAUUUCUGAGGGAGAACAACAUCACUCAAUUCUAUGACGUCUGGCACAUGGAGAAAGGAAUUUCAAAGCAACUACAUAAAAUUAGCAAAACAAAGGACUGCCAAAAAGUAAAGAAGUGGAUGCGAGCCAUUAGAAACCACGUCCAUUGGACUGCAGAAUCGUCAAAAAACGGGCCGGAAAGGUUGGCAAAAUGGACCUCCCUCCUAAACCAUGUUCAGGAUAUUCAUACUCAUGAUGACCCCCUCUUCCCAAAAUGUCUACAUGCAAUUCGCAGCACAAGGGACAAGAGUAAAUGGCUCUCAGCAGCCACUCCUGCAUUCUACAAGCUGGAGAAGGCGCUGACCAAAAAGACAGUCCUAAGGGACAUUGCGAAGCUCAGUCCCCACCACCAGACCUCCUCUUUGGAUGCAUUCCACGCUUUGAUCCUGCAGUUCGCUCCUAAAAACGUGAUCUAUCCAUAUCUAGGAAUACUUUGCAGACACUACCUGGCUGCACUGCAUUACAACGAGAAUGCUGAUAGAGGACAAGCCACCACGUCGUCAUGGGAUCCUAUUUACAGACUGAGCUUUCCAAAGACCAGGAAGGGAGAGUGCAGAGCCAAACCAGUGAAGACUGAGGCGACAUUCCGGUAUGUUGAUGAUUUGAUGGACAUGAUCAUGGAGAACGUCUUUGUUGACCCAUCAUCGUACAGAGCUGAGAUUCUGAAGAUGAACAUCCCGCCGGACCUGUCUUCAGAAUAUGAGCAUCGAGACGAGGAGGAGGCUAAAUUCCUGUAGCGACUGAGAAAAUUGUUCUUGAAACAGGUUCUACACUGUGUCCACAUUUUUCUAAUUGGAUUAAGUGAAUCCUUCGCUAUACUGUAUUUACAAAUGUUAUGUAUGAAUAUUCGUGUUUACAAAUAUUCAUGACUGCGAUCAAUAAAUGUUUAUUGUAUCUGUAAAAUGUUUCAUGUGAAUUGAUGCGUAAUAUGCAGUAUUUGCUUAGCAAAAACUUGGCUAUGCGUUAAAAUAUCAUCUGAAUUUGUGGCAUUGACCGACUAUAUUUAGUUUAUUAUGGUGUAUGAACAGUGAAGUAGGUUAUUACAGAUAAAACUCACUGCUCUAUCCCCCGUAGCUGUAAAGGACCGUAGUCAGUUGUUGCAUGCAUUUUGCAGCGACAACACAUUUAGGCAAACCGGUUCUAAACAUGGAUGGUCUAUCAUACAGGGAGGCCUUUCAUCCAGCUGCUGCAGCCGUCUUGUAACCUAUUAUGCAUAACAAAAGGUGAGUGUCUGCAGUGGCAUGUCAUCAGAAAUGCACUGCAAACUUAAGUGUAGGAUAAGAUAGCUGCUAAUGUUACCUGUGGCACCUCCUGACAGCAUAAGUUCUAAGGCUCUGACCGCAUUGCACAAUUUCCACAUGUGCACCUAUGCAAACAAAUAAAAAUGUAUUCAUGAAUGUAUAAUGCCAAAAGAAUAAGAAACCUGGCAUACCAGUACUUGAAACCAAUAAUGGCUCCCACGUCGAAGAUUUGUAUGUGUGCUCUAGCUAGCCACAUUUUCCCAGCCUGAGGUGAAUGGCCAGUAGCGCUUGGCCUUCUCAAGUUAACAUGAACACAUCUGGUUGAUAUGGUACCUGCAAACUUGCAAGACGUAACUUCACCUUUUGUGAACAAGAAGCAAAAUAUAGGCUAAAAUUAAAUAGGGUUACUAUGUAUAAAGUUGCCUUAGCUUCUAGAAAUAGCUAGUAGCUACUUAUUUAUUUUUUAUUUGCACUACCACCUUGACAAACCUUUUCCCAGAGCACCUUAGCGUACUAUCCAUCUUAUGCUGCUCAUACCUCGUCACUUUACUUUUUUGCUGCUGUAUUCUCUACUUGACUGUAUUCACUACUCCUGCACUAUCCCGCACUAUCAUUUACUUGUAUUGAAGUCUGGUAUCGUGUUCCAAAUUAUUAUGCAAAUGAUAUUUUUCUCUGAUUUUCCUUAAUAGUCAAUGAGAUGACCGUCAGUAUCAUUUUCAAGUCAUCAACCGUUAGAGUAUAUUUCGAAUUUUAUUGAACAAACCUCCCAAUGUUAACAGUAUUUUUUUCAAAAAUAAAAAAACUCAAAAUGCA